AUGGAGAAUAACAAUCAACAAUUUUCAUAUCAUCUAUCAAGAUUGAUAGAUCAUUCAUUAUAUUCUCUAUCUUUAUCAACGAUUCAACAAUCACUGGCAUCGGUAGAUCAAUUCAACAUUCAAGAUAGACAAGAACAAAGAAAUGUAAUCAAACAACAGAUAUUAAAUGAUAUUGCCAACAAUGGUAUAUCAAUCAUUAAUAUAUAUAGAUAUCUUCAAACUUAUUGUCAAAGAUUAUCUUCAACCAACAACCACGACAACAACAACAAUGAAGAACACCAACAAACAAAAUUAAAGUGUUGGCGUAUUCAAAGAUCAGAUAUACAAAAGAUAGUUAAUCAUGUACCUCUGUUGGCUAUCUUUUACAUGACAGAACCACAAAGAAAUCAAUUCUAUUCAUUCUUUAAAUCAAAUUCGUCAACGGCAACACUUGAAUCAAACAACAUUCAAAUCGAUCACAAUGAUGGUUUUGAUGUCACAGAUGACAUUGUAUUUGCUACUGUUACAAAUUACAAUGAAUCAACAAAUUGUUUGACAUUUAGAAUUAUCUCUUCACAACGUCAACAACAAUCGCCUGAUUCAUCACUUCAACAACAAACAACAACUACAACGACGACAACAACAACAACAACAACAACUAUAAUCGAUAAUAAUAAUCAAGAUAAUGAUGAUGAAAACUCAAUUACAACGAAAGAAUAUCGAGUAAAUUUAGAUACAUGUUUGCAUGCAUUUGCAAUGUCAUCUUAUUAUGCAUUCUAUCCAACCAAUCAUCAAUUGGAACCAUUGGUUAAAAAACAAAUCAUCAACAAUCAGUCAAGAAAAUCCAAACACAAUCAAUUAACAAAAUUGUUAUUGGCCAGCGAAGCAUCUGCAGACAACUCAUCAACCUCUUCACAAAAAUUGUCACCUCUAACCAAGUGGAGUUUGAUAACUGUAGCAUCAGGUUUCACUUUUAUGUUUUUCCUAAAUCUAUAUAAAAAAUUUAAAAAUAUUUAA